UUUAUACCAAAUAAUAUCAGCUAACUUUGGUAGACUCUAGCUUUCCUACAUGAUUGAGAGAUAUUGCUGACCUUUUUAUGCUCAACUGUCUCGAAAACAUAAUUAAUGUUCAGUUCACUUCCUCACUAAAAUCUUACUUAAAAAGGAAGUAAUCAGACCAACUGACCAAUCAGAUAAAAGGUAAAAGGUAAAAUGGAACAUGAGAUAUGAAAUAUCUCAUGACACACCUAACAACCCCAGGUGAAACAAUGCCAUAUAUGAUCUCAUCUUUAUCUGUUUUUUCACAACUAUCCCUCAGUGUUUCUGCUAAAAAAACAGAACAUGAGGUGUAAAACAUGUGUACCUUUCAUCCAAAAACACGUUGCGAAAGAAAGGAAUAUGCAAUGCCAGCGCCAAUAUUUAGUUGCACAAGCUGAACUGAAGUUCGCGCUCUAUGUUGCACUUGCUGUUCUCAUGCUUUCCUAUCAUGCAGAGGCAUAUGAUCCAUUAGAUCCAAACGGUAACAUAACAGUCAAAUGGGAUGUUAUGUCUUGGACUCCAGAUGGUUAUGUGGCAGUGGUCACGAUAAACAACUUCCAAAUAUAUCAGAAACUGGGUCAGAAUGCAAAGUCUAAACCUGAUAUGGAUUUUUAAGGACAUGCUGAUCAUUAAACCAAAGAGCUGUCGAGUCUUCGUCUGUGGGCAAGAAUCCGCAUGUAAAAGUUCACUUUGCAACUCAAAUCUCCUACAAUUUUUCACCAACCAAACUACCAUAUGUAAACCAAGUCCGAACUUUGGUGAACCCGGUUGAACAAGCAAUCAAAUCAGAAGGGAUGAAAAUCAGUAGUUUCAAAGAUGAAGACACUAAGAUUACUAUCUGGUAUCUGGCUGGUCAGCAAGAACUGUAUUCUCUGCAUGACCUUAUGUUCCCAGGGCAUGGGAGUGCAUCAUUUUUCUUAGUUUUGUUGAGUAUGUUCAGAAAACCGAGCAACAAAGAGAUGAAAGAUCCGGCUGAAAUUGAAGAAGACUUGAAGUACUGGCUCAGAUUCAUCGUCUCUAAUUCAAGGAGAGCAGUCCAACAAUGCAUGCUUCCGAAUGUGACCAUAGUUCUAAGAAAUUACCAGGCAGGUUGAUGCAAGACUCAUUGAGCAUGUUUCAUCUUUGGAGGGCUUCACAACAGAUGCAAAACGAAAAUGGCAGACAUUCUCGAUGCAGGCUGAGAGUAAUACGAAUGAUACUGUUCAUUUAUCAGCAGCUCAACAUUGUAGCAUGGAGUUGCUUUUACAAAAAUGACAACUCAUGAGUCUGUAAAUGAGGAGUGCAGUAGUCAAGCUUCAAUGAUGGUAUCUUUAGUGAGGAACAUGUUAGAAAGCCUUGAGCAGCAUGAUUUCUCGACAUACAAUAACGAUCGAAACACAAAACGAUAGGCGCAGGUCUAUGCUAGUUAUUGAAAAAACCUUCUUCACAAAAAUGUUAACAUUUUCCAAUAGUGUUCUUUCAUAUAUAUCAGUACUCACAAGUCACAUCUUUCAGUAUUUUCCACAAACGAUUUUUUGGUAGUUAAACUAGUUAUAAACUAGUCAUUUUAAUAAAAACUGUUAAACAAAUAAAAGAAAUAUUAAAGGGCAAAUUAAAGAUUUUUUUAAAAAUAAAAAUUAAAAUCAAGAAAGGGGAUUUUCUAAUUCUUGAUCUUGAUAACUGACUUAACUAACUACUAUAACAAAUAGAUAAAUUGAAUAUUAAUCAGUUUGUAUAUAUAUUAUGGUUUGGAUACUAGUGACAACCAAGUACUAACCAUUAUAAAUACCCUUGUACACUACCAUUCUAAUUCCUUUAAUCUUCAACCCAUUAUCUCAAAAUAUGGAAUUAUGAACACCAAAAAAUUUAUUAAAUAAUGGACAAAUUAAAGAAAUUUAUAUCAUAAUUUGAAAACAAUUAGAGUGUUUUAUAAGCUUUCUCUAUUUUUGUUAGAUACUAAUCACUUAUAAGAAAUAUCUAUCUCUUAAAUAAAAAAAUAAAAAAUAAAAAAAUCUUUAUUGAAAAAAGGGGAAAUCAAAAAUUCAAGAAAAGGGUAUUUUCUAAUUCUUGAUCUUGAUAACUGACUUAACUAACUACAACAAAUGGAUAAAUUGAAUAUUAAUCGGAUUAUAUAUAAAAUAGUUUGAUUAUAAGUAACAACGAACCAAACACUAACUAUUAUAAAUACCCUUGUACACUACCAUUGUUAUUCAUUUCAUCUUCAACCCAUAUUUCAAACGUUCUGUUUUUCUCCUGAUAACCCAACAAGAAUUCCAUCUUCAGAAAUCAACUUAAUUAGCUUGAUUCCAUUGCAAUUCUUUCUUUAGUUCUGUUUUGCUGUUGUUAUUAACUAGUAAUGGCGGCUUCGAGUUCACGUGGAGGGAGAGGAGACGAUUAUACGAUCAUGGAAACCGAUCCAUCGGGGCAAUACUCAAGAUAUAAUAAUGUGAUCGAAGAAUCUACGUCAAAAGUUGUAUUCAAGGGAUAUGAUAGGCUUAAUGGGAAAGAAGUGGCUUGGAUAAAGAAGACUGUUACAGAAAGUAGCUUUAGGGCUUUGGUGGCAGAAUGUGAUAUGCUUUGCAAAUCUAAUUCUCAUUAUCUCUUGAAAGUUUUUAAGCAUUGGAUUGAUUUACAGGAUGGCGUUGCUGUACUCCAUAUGAUCACCGAGUAUUAUUCUAAUAAUUUGGGGGAAUAUUGCAAGAUUCAUAAGAUUUUGGGGGAACACAAAAAAACUUGCAUUGCUAGGUGGUGUAAACAGAUUUUGUUAGGCUUGCAGUUUUUACAUGAACAAGAUCUAGUGAUUGUGCACUCUAACAUAAAUUUGAAUGACAUUGCAAUUUCGGGAACUUCAAGCACUGUCAAGAUAGCAGACUUGACUUCUGCAAAGUCUUUUCUGAAGUCUGAUUCUGAUUUGGAUCAUGUAAAAGAAGCACAAUAUUCCGAGUUGCGUUCUUUGGGACUGUGUGUACUUCUUAUGAUACGUGUUAGCAAGAAGUAUGCAGAUCCUAUGAGGGCAUUAGGUACAAUAAACCCCCCAAAGCUGAAAGGGUUCGUUGACAGGUGUUUACGCUGUAAGGAACUGAAAGCUUCUAUAGGUAAUUUGUUGAGCAAAGGGUUAAUGCAGUCAGUUACUAUACCUGUUCCUGGUGUCCGAGCUCAUGUGCUUAGAUUACCCGCACCGCCUCCUACUGAUGAUCCUACGAAAAAAGUACUCAUAGGAAAAAGGGUGGGCAAUGAACUGUCUGUGACACUGAGGAGUAUUGAUGAUGCUGAAGUUUUGCUCACACUCAGUAUUGAUACCCUUCCAGAAAUGGACGGAUUAAGAGGCGAAUUAAUUGGCAUGUCAGAGGAAGACAUCCGUUGGAUGGUUCAAGGGGCUGAACAGGUCAUGUCUGAAUUUAACGAUGAAUUAAUUGAGCCUAUUGCAAAUGUACACCAUGACUCCGACACUUCUGAAGAAACGAUUAGACGGCAUGCUGAUGUUUUCAACUUGGAUGAUCAGGAAGCACUUGCAAGGUGAGACGUCUGAUGGGAGUGAUUAAGAUGAGGGAAGUGGCAACAGGAAGACAGAAUAUAGUUGCUUCAGAAAUCUGUUAUAUCUUGGCAUGUCAGUAGCUUAUUUCUGGAUUCGUCAGUUUAAUUGGAUUCAUCAGUUUAAUUGUUUAGUACAAAAUUAGAGUUUGGUUUAUGUCAUAGUACAGAAAUGUUCUGAAUAAUUCUAGGUAUGUUAGUGAUACUUAGUGUGUCAAUAAGUAUGAGUUCUCAGUAUUAGGUCCAACGAACUGAGAUUAAGUUCUUUUAUUUCUUAUUUGAUCGAUUUACAUUUGUAAAUGUGUGAUUUACAUAUAUGAACAUUGGUAAAUUUAGUUGUAAGAUUUUAAAAGUUUGAGAUUAUGCAAUUUGUUUUUCUUUUUUUACAAGUAUAUGUACCACCUCUUUAAUUUUUAAUCCUCUCAUCUCGUUAGUCUAUAAUUAACUAAUUUGAGAGUGAUUGACCAAGAGCUUUAGGAGUUCAUUCAGAAGUGUGUAGGUGGUGUAGAUGUCAGACGUACUGCGAUUGAGCUCUUGAAUGAUCCGUUUCUUGAACUGAGUAUUGAGGAUCCUAGCAUGUAUUUAAGACUAACUAGUAUAGUGGAAUUCCCGCCUCCUGGCUCGAGUGAUUAGAGGCUAAGACCAGUACUGCAAUAUGAAAGGGAAAUAGAAAAGGUAAUUGAUGAUGACAAAGGAAAUAAGAAAUUUGGAUUGAAAGGAAAAGUGAAGGACCGCAAAAUGAUACACAUGGACUUCAUAGAUUAUGAUCAUAAGAGGAAUA